GUUCAGUAUGACUAUCUCUCUCUGACUCACUCUGUCUGUUCUCGGAUCGUUCAGCAGCUCUCUGCUUCUCUCUGGACUGGUCUACUCUUCUUCUUCUUGUCUUCCUUUCUUCUUCUCUUCAUCCUGCCCUCAUCCUUCAGCUGCUGACGUCAGUGGAACAUUUCAAUCUCCUCUGAUAUUCAGGUUAAUCUAAUUAUGAAGAUUUCCUCUGAGAUGCUUCUUCGUCAAUGACGGCCAAGAUGGAGACUCCUUUCUACCACGACGACUCUCCCGCCGUCCCCGGCUACAGCCAGAUCACCGAAUACGAGCGUUACCCGGGAAACAAGAUGCUGAUGAGUAAGAAGGCCAUGUCAGUGGCAGGCAGUCAUCACUUCCCCAGCGGUGGGGCAGCAGGAGGGAGGAACCCCAACAACCUGGGGCUCGCCGGCAACAGCUCUCUGAUGACAUCAGUUGCAUCCUCUGCAGCAUCUGCAGCAGACAUGAAUCUGCUGAAGUUGGCAUCCCCUGACCUGGAGCACCUGAUUAUCCAGUCCAACCAGGGACUGGUCACCACCAGCCCUGUGUCCAACUCCAACAACCCCUUCAUCUACCGCAACCAGGCCACCAACGAGCAAGAAGGAUUUGCUGAUGGCUUUGUCAAAGCACUUGCAGACCUUCACAAGCAGAACCAACUGGUGGGAGGUGGCCCCAUGUCCCCAUCCUCAUCCUGCACUGUCUCCCUGCAGGCAUCCUACCAGAGGAACCUGAUGUCCAGCGGGGACAUGCCCGUAUACACCAACCUCAGCAGCUACAACCCAGGCCAGAUGCCAUAUUCUGGGGGACAGAUAGCAUAUGGUGGUGGCUCAGGCAACGGUGGUGGUGGAGCCCCACAGCCACACACCCGUGGCCUAGAUGCCCCUCAGACUGUCCCUGAGGUGCCUCACCCACCAGGUGACCCCAUGUCCCCACCCUCCCUCUCUCCGAUUGACCUUGAGACGCAGGAGCGAAUCAAAGCUGAACGCAAGAAACUCCGCAACCGCAUUGCUGCAUCAAAGUGUCGCAAGCGGAAGCUGGAGCGGAUAUCACGGCUGGAGGAGAAGGUAAAGGUUCUGAAGAGCCAAAACUCAGACCUGGCCUCCACUGCUGCCAUGCUGAGGGAGCAGGUCGCUCAGCUCAAACAGAAGGUCAUGAGUCAUGUCACCAAUGGCUGCCAGAUUGCCGUUGGCUCAACUGCUACCACCAAGUCUGGAGGAGGAGGGGGAGGCACUGGUAGUGAGGACUCCAGCUGCUGAGUAGGCAGGACACAAGGAGAAUGAGAGUGAGAUAAUCAGCAAUUUUACAAUUUUGGCAUUUCACUUGUGCUCUUGAUCAGAGCGAGCAGAGAGCGAAUGAUGCAGUUUCAAUGAUGCCUCAACUGGACAGUUUAAUGGGAUACAGUCCCUGUGAACCACUGUCAAUCAUCCAGCCAGAGGAAGCAGAGCAUAGAAGAAAGAAGAGACGGGAGAAGGGAUGAAUCCCUGACAUGAGCGAAGUUCAGACUUUUGAUGAUUUGGAAUUUUGACUGUGGAUUUUUAAACAACAGAUGGUAACAGAUUUAAUUUAAAGAGACUGUUCUGCAGCAGAGUUUGAUGGUCGGCAGCAUAUGUGUGAAGAGACGCAAUACAUUUAUUUGACUGGUGAAAAACGUUUCCAAAUGAUGACAAUAUUCUUUAUUUUUCAGAUGUCAUUAUAUGUCAGUUAAUAAAGUGUACUGGAAACUGGAAGUUAUUUUCUGCCACUGGUAAAUACUUUUCACUCAUAGUAAACACAUUUUGAUAAUUUCACUGAAUCAGAGUCAAUAAGAUAUUGGUCAUAAAACCUAAUCAAAAUAACUUAAGUGAAAUCAGUGAUGUCAUUUGUGUGGAUGUGAAGUAAUCAGACUACUUCUUACUACAGAGCAAAGACUGUGCACGGAAUUUACACUAAUCAGAGUCUUUAAAGAAACAUUUUUACUCAUUUGUUUUCAAAAUCCAGUGAAUGCCUCACUCUAAAAGGCCAGAGCUGCAGCUUGUCUUGUAAUCUGAUUACUGUUAUCUUUUUUUAUUUGACUCUAAUUUAAUUGUGUGUUAAUACACAUAAGUAACAAUUUCAAAAGAUUUCCAGCUGUGUUUUUCAUCUUUCAGCUGUUGGGCUGGUAUAAACUUUUCUCAGUGUUUCUGGAUCUUUCUGGGAACAGGACUGAGGACUUUUCAUAUCUCCUUUAUUCUAAUUUCAUAACAAAUAAGAUAUGACUGUUGAAUAAUAUUCACUAUUCUGAUUAUAAUAAUAAUAAUGUUAAUAAUAUGCCUGUUAUUCUUUUACCAUUUCUACACUGUAAAAAAAUCAGUUCACAUAAGUGGAUUCAUUUGGUUUGGUUGUUGACAGGUUAUAUAGAGGUCCAAUUCUAAGGCCUCAAUUGUUCCACACAGAUGCUUGAGUUUUGUCAUUAUAGCACAUAUAUUUCUUUAGUCCAAUUGGAGGAGCACAUGCACAGUUGGUGCCCUUGUAGCAAAGUGGCCGCAACCUUGUAUACAACCUUCUGAUGAUUAAAUUUAUGCCAUGUGGACCCUCGCAUACUUGAUACAGAAAGUUUAACACUAGCUUAACCUUCAUCUACAGUAUCUUACCCCGUGGUGGUAAUGGCCCUCCACAGGUUUCGAAAAUGCAGAAAAAUAAAUCUGCUGCUGAUUUCACAAAAAAUUAUCUCAGUUCAAAUAUGUUUGUCCUGCUUUAAGACACACACACCAAUAGCUUGAUAAAUUGGAGUAGAUUUUUACAGUGUAAAAAUAACUGGAAAUAAGAUGAGGGCCCAGUCUGUGAUCUUGAAUGUACAACAAAAUGUAUAUGAAGAAUAAUCCUGUGGUCCUUGAGCGGGUUGUGGAUAUACCUUAGGGAGUUCCUAGAGUCUGGGAGAAGGUAGUAGAAGUCCAUUGGUAGGUUCCUGAUGUCCUUGAGGAUUUUGUAGUCCUUCAGAAGGCUGUAGAGAUCCCUGGACAUCAGUAGCUUUGCAAUUGGUCUCCUGCAGUUUAAAUAAUUAAAGCUGCAGUUUUAACUGUCAACACAUGUCCACAUGUAUAAUUUGAACAGAUACCUGGCAACCAAUUAGAAACCAGGGUUGUGUGUUGACAGUGCAUUAAAAAUGCAUUUUGUUUGAUAACUGUGCACUUUUGGAUUUAAGUUAUUUGUGUGAAUACACCUUAGAUAUAUACUCAGUAAGCACAUUAUUAGGAACACCUUACUAAUACUGUGUGGGGCUCCCCCUUUUGUUCUCAAAAUAGCCUCAUUUCUUUGUUGCAGUUCUUUUGUUGAUUCCACAAGAUGCUGGAAACAUCCCUCUGAGAUUCUGGCCCAUGUUGACAUGAUCGCAUCACAUAAUUUCUGCGGAUUUGUCAGCUGCACAGUUUUGCUGCCAGUCUCCUGUUCUACCACACCCCAAAGGUGUUCUAGUGGAUUCAGAUUUGGUGACUGGGGAGGCCAAUGAAGUACACUGAACUCACUGUCAUAUUCAUGAAACCAUUGACCAUUAGAAGAUGGGAAAUUGUGGCCAUAAAGGGAUGCAAAUGGCCAGCAACAGUACUUAGAUGGGCUGACAGUCAACAUUCAAGUUAUGAUUGAUUAUUGUUAAGGGCCCAAGUUGUGCCAAGAAAACAUUCCCCACACAUUACACCAGCACCACCAGCCUUGACUGUACACAAGGCAGUUUGGGUCCAUGGAUUCAUGCUGCUGAUGCCAAAUUCUGACCCAACGAUAUGUGUGCCUCAGCAGAAGUCAAGAUUCAUCAGACCAGACUACAUUUUUCCAGUCUUCACCUGUCCAGUUUUGGUGAGUCUGUGCCCCGUGCAGCUCAAGAUUUCUGUUCUUGGCUGACAGUAGAGGAAUCCAUGGUGGUCUUCUGUUAUAGCCCAUCCACCUCAAGAUUGCAUUUUUGUCCUCUGCUCACUACUGUUGUAAAGGGUGGUUCUAUCAGCAGAACUGCUGUUCACUGGGUGUUUGCCGUUGUUCACACCAUUGUAAGUAAACUCUAGAGACUGUUGUGUAUGAAAACUCCAGGGCCAUGGUCAAAGUCACUGAGCUCAAAUUUUCCACCUUUCUGAUGUUUGAUGUGAGCAUUAACUAAAGCUCCUGACCUGUAUCUGCAUGACUCUAUACAUUGCACUGCAGCAACAUGAUUGGCUGUUUGAAUAGUUGCACAAAUAAGCAGGUUUACAGGUGUUCCUAAUCAAGUGCAUGGUGAGCGUACAUGGUGAAAAAAAUUACACACUUAUUAUACAAAAUAUAUGGUACAUAGGUUGUUGUUCAUGCAGUGUGUUGAUUGAUAUUUUCUCACACAUUGUCAACCAUGAAGCUAAUGUUCCCUUUAUACUCUUAGACUGUUUUCACUGAAUUUACUGUGCAGUCAGUAUGUCUUUCAUGUUACAGUUUUAAAACUGCAGCUGUCAGAUAGAGAAACAUAACUGCAAAUAAAUAAGACAAAUAAGAUAUAAAUUAAACACCCACUACUUUAAGAGUAUAACAUUACAUCAGAGAUCAUGACUACUUGCAGAUGGAAAAAAAAAAAGUUUCAAUUUCAGUUUCAGUUACGUGUUUUCUGUCUGACAAUAAACAUGAGAGACUUUGAAAAAUACAGUAGGUGAGCAUCAAGCAAAUAUUUAUUUUCUUUUUUUACUUGAACAAGGCUUUUGACAUGUCUAAUGAUUCUAUUUUUGUACAAAUGUAUAAAAAUUGUUGUUAUUAAUAUACUGAAAUGUGUGAACAAUCUGAUUUAUCACUUUAUGUCUCUAUUUAUUAUGAAUAUCUUUUGUUAUACAGAUGUGUUUAAUUCCUUCACACUGUUUUACUGUGUUGAGAUGUUCGUGUCAAUAUAUCAGUGAUGAAAUACUCA